GCUACUAUUGGGCCGUGUAUUCUGUUUGGGCCUGUCCAAACAGGUAAUCCAAGCCCACAUCUGAAGCUUCAAUAAAAUCCCAAUUUUUGAGUGCUUUCCCAAACCCUAGAACAUCCCUGCGCAGUGAAGAACGCCCGUUUCGAUCUGUCUAAAAUGUCGACCGGAGAAAUUGCCUGCUCUUACGCUGCUCUCAUCCUCUACGAUGACAAUAUCCCUAUUACCGCCGAAAAGAUUGCUACGCUUGUGAAGGCAGCUAAGGUUUCCGAUGUGGAGUCUUACUGGUAUGGUCUCUUUGCCAAGCUGGCUGAGAAGCGUAGCAUUGGAGAUUUGAUCCUCAAUGUUGGGGCUGGUGGCGGUGCUGCAGUCGCUGCUGCUGCACCAGCUGGCGGAGCUGCUGGUGGCGGUGCUGCCGCAGCUGCUCCACCACCGGAAGAGAAAAAGGAAGAACCAAAGGAAGAGAGUGACGAUGAUAUGGGAUUCAGUUUGUUUGAUUAGGUCAAGAUUUGGGAUCGCAUAUUUUGUUCUAGGUUUAUUAUCUUUUUAAUGCCCGAGGUGGCCCUUGUUAUUUUACAGAUACGUAGUUUUGGACGUCCAAACAAAUUCGCGAUAAGUUUUGAUUUGAAUGUGAUCUGAUUUCAUCUUUUCUGUCUAAUAUAUUUUAUGAUUUCAUCUUUUCCGUA